UUGGCUGCAUUCCUGGCAUGGCUGGCUACUACCUGCCAAAGCAACGUCGGGAAAGUGGCCCCGAGCAAGGCGGAGCGGAGCGCAGAGACCCCCGCAGGGAAAGGGAAAGUGGGAUCGGGAGGCGCUCGGUCGGUCGGUUGUUGGCUUUCCUCCUGUGCGUAACGCGGAGUGUCUCUCAGAAUGUUGCCCUUCACCGACUGGAUCCUGGAGAAGCUGGCGCUUGAGAAGACCUUGUUCCGGACCGCGGCUGUCUCCAGCCUCUGGCUUUUGCUGCUGGCUUUGCUCUUCCGUUUGCUUACGGACGCCUUUGGCAUGUGCCAUCGCUUUUACGUUAACUGCCAGAGAUUGCGUUGCUUCCCAGAGCCCCCGCGUCGUAACUGGCUCCUAGGGCACCUCAACAUAGCACGAAGCACUGAGGAAGGACUGCAGGAUGCCGCGCAGCUGACUGCCCAGUACAGGCACAUCUGUGUCUGGUGGUUUGGGCCCUGGGUUCCAAUUCUGAGGCUUUUCCAUCCAGAGACCAUCGGUCCUGUGCUCCGGGAAUCAGCUGCUGUCGCUCCCAAAGACAAACUCUUCUAUGGCUUCUUGAAGCCUUGGCUUGGCGAUGGACUACUUCUGAGCAGUGGGAAGAAGUGGGGACGACAUCGGCGGAUGCUCACCCCGGCUUUUCAUUUUGACAUCUUGAAGCCUUACAUGAAAUUCUUCAACCAGAGCACAGACAUCAUGCACGCCAAGUGGCGCAAGUUGACCUCGGCAGGCCCAGCCUCCGUUGACAUGUUUGAGCAAAUCAGCCUCAUGACUUUGGACACCUUGCAGAAAUGUGUCUUCAGCUACGACAGCAACUGCCAAGAGAAAUCAAGUGACUACAUUGCUGCCAUCUUAGAACUCAGCAAUCUUGUCGUGCUGCGGCAGCACGCCCUGACCCACCAUUUCGACUGGCUCUACUACCUAUCGACGAACGGCCGCCGCUUCCGCCGUGCGUGUGACAUUGUGCACCGUUUCACAGCCAAUGUGGUUCAGCAACGACGAAUGGCACAUAGCCGCUUGGGGGACGAUGCCUGGCUCAAAUCCAAGCAAGGCAAAACUGUGGACUUCAUUGAUGUUCUUUUGCUGGCAAAGGAUGAAGAGGGCCGCCAUUUGUCUGAUGCUGACAUCGCAGCUGAAGCGGACACGUUCAUGUUUGAGGGCCACGACACUACAGCAAGCGGCUUGUCCUGGGUGCUGUACAACCUGGCUCGACAUCCCAACUACCAAGACCAGUGCCGGGAAGAGAUUCAGAACCUGCUGCGAGGCCGGGAGACAGAGGAGAUUGAAUGGGAAGACCUCUCUCAGAUGCCUUUCACCACCAUGUGCAUUAAAGAGAGCUUGCGCCUCCACCCGCCAGUCACGGCCAUUUCCCGCCGCUGCACCGAGGAUGUGAAACUGCCUGACGGAAAGAUAAUCCCCAAAGGGAACAUCUGCCUGGUCAGUAUCUUCGGAACCCAUCACAACCCUGCCGUCUGGCCAGAGCCUGAGGUCUAUAACCCACACCGCUUUGAACCGAAGGCCUUGCAGAACCAGUCGCCGCUGGCCUUUGUGCCCUUCUCAGCAGGACCCAGGAACUGCAUUGGGCAGAACUUUGCUAUGUCGGAGCUGAAGGUGGCCCUGGCCUUGACCCUGCUGAGGUUUGUGGUGAGGCUGGAUGAGAGCCAAGCCGUGCGCCGUUUGCCGGCAUUAAUUCUACGGGCAGAAAAUGGGCUGUGGCUACAGGUGGAGCCAGUGCGUACCCAGCAAUGAUCGGGGAGAUGCACAAGAUUGGAAGUCUCUGUUCCAGCGUUCCAGCCUGCACUGCAAGGUGCAAAGAGAUUUAUGGUGGCCAGAGAGCCCUCUGCCCCACACGACAUGGAAGGUGCCUGUGUUGUCUUUGCUUCUGAGCCCUUGUUUCCGUCUUGCCUUCGUGAAGAUGCUAGCAAUAGCUCUGUGCUACAUUAAAGAUGAAACGUUUUGACCAUAAAAUGCAGUUUUGAUUUUGCUGUAGAUCCCUGACAGAUAACGGCAUUGUAAUAAACAAAAUCUGCCCUCAUUCCCUUCAGGCAGGCAUCCCCAAACUUCGGCCCCCUCCAGAUGUUUUGGACUCCAAUUCCCAUCUUCCCCGACCACUGGUCCUGUUAGCUAGGGAUCAUGGGAGUUGUAGGCCGAAACAUCUGGAGGGCCGCAGUUUGGGGAUGCCUGCCUUAAGGGGUACACAAGAGCCCUCAUAGAGUCCUUUGUAGGUCCUCCAUCGGUAGGAGAAAAUAACAGAGGCCAACCAGAGAAUGUUGUGAAGCAAAGCAGCUAAUAAGCUUGAUCUUUAUUAACUGUU